AUGGAAUCUGCCCAGCUGCCUACCAAUGGAGUUGACCGACUGCAUCCGACGGACCUACCACGGUACGUAGAGACCCUCCAAGAUGUCCCGGUGUGGCGCAUGUCCUACCUCUUCCUGCCGUGGGACUGGGACCGGGACGGGGACGUGGACUGGCACUGGCACUGGCACUGGAAGAGGAAGAGGAAGAAUAAAACCAAUCCAGCUGGCCGCACGAUCCCCGAGAAUCCCGUCACUAUCUCCAGUCCAGUAAGAAGAGGCAUUUCAUCGAUCUUCAUUCCCAGCUGCGGUGCUUGCUCCGUGAUAUGCUUCUGUCUAUCGCCGGCAUAUGCGAAGUACGUUCUUGGGAGGAAUCCCAACUUGUUGAAACUCGGGUUCCUGAGCAUACGCACCACACACGCUCACAGCCUCGUCUCGGCGUCUCCAUACCGCCGCUCAGGAACUCGCUGCACAAUUGUUGUCCUGCAUGGGCAUUCCCGCGCAAGCAAUUAUUCUUGGAACGGAAAUGCCGUAGCUGGUGCAUAG